AUGGCAACACCCGAAGCGACAGGGUUUCCCUGCGCCCUGACCCUUAACGUCCCUUUUCCCGAUUCCCGCCUGGCUUCUGUGGCCCUGCAGGCCCUUCGCGUCGACAAAGAGUUGUCGCCAUUGGUCACACGCGAACUGAGCACGGUGGCCGCAGAGGGCGCGACCGACCAGACCGUGCUGCGGGUCGUGUAUAAGGCGGCCACUAAUCGCAUGCUGCGCGUGGCCGUCAACUCCUUCUUUGACAGUCUUGCGCUGGUGCUGGAGGUCAUGGAAGAGCUAGAUGUGGAUGUCAUCGAGGCGAGACAGAAGCAGGAGAAGACUACUUGA